AUGGAGAAAUGGUCAAGCCAAGAAUCAGAUGAAGUGAAAAGCGAUCUGCAACAUUAUGACCCUGAAAAGUCGCCAGAGAAGAUAAGUGAAUUGUUUAAGGACUUGAUUCAAGGUCUUAUGGCCUUUCCCUUGAACAUUCUUGGGACCAUGUACGACAAGUGCAUAAAGGCUGAACAUGAGGCCAUCCUCAAAAUAAGGGAGAACCCUAACUCCCCACUGACAUGGAAUGACUACAAAUCUAUGACUUUCACACUACAGGUUAUCAAUGAAACGCUUAGGUUAGCAAAUAUUUCUCCUGGGUGGACAAAAGUAAAAGAUGUCAAAAUGAUACGAUCCCCUAUUCUGAAGUUUCCAAAUGGCUUUCACUUCAAGAUUUCAGCAAGGGAUGAGUGA